CAUCAUCGUCGUCUUUUGAGACACACCAUCUUCUGGUAUUGCUUUGCGCUUCUGCAUCACCUCUACCUUCUGCUGUCCUUGCCGCUAGUCUUGCCAUUCCUGUGAUUCACAGGACUCUCCAGAUCACUCGUUGACCUCGGAUUGGGCGCGCACUUGUGACUAGGCUGCCGAAGUUAGAACGUGUUCUGUAGCGCGUAGUUGCCUCCUUUCCUCUAUACCGCGAUUAUUCCUACGUUCAUCUCUACGAGUCAGGGCUGCUUGUCAUCGCCCAAAAGCCCGGGUGGGAGGGUUACUCGAGAGACAUCGAGGGCUUUCAAUUUCUGAUCUGACCUCGAGAGCCAGGAUACUAACACCAUGAGCACGACGACUAUAGCGACACCGGAACCUCUCUGGGUCUUCGAGAAAGCGGUCCUAGUGCACGCACCUGAAUUCGAUGUCGCCUGUACUGCUCGGCUCCGUAUGGCGCACGAUCACAAUACGGACCAAGGCUCGGUUUCAAUUCGCAUUCAACUUGAGCUUGCUAACUUUGGAAAACAGUUGCUUAUGCUGAACAUUCGACCUGAGUUGGUUGACACGUGUACAGUAGUUCCCAAAAGCAAUGACAAUCUCAUUCCGUCUCGUCUUUUCCCCUUGGUCCCUGUCUCCGUGACCAACUCAGCUGCCGUUUCGACCUUGAUCCUAUGCUUGAAUUCCACCGGUGUCGUCCUUGUUCCACGCUCAACCAAUGACACGACUUUGAGUGCAGCCAAGCCUACCGACGCCGCUUUCCACGCUUUCCAAAGGAUCUGCCGAAGCAACAUCAUACAUCUGCACUUUUCCAAGCAGCAACUGAAGAAUGAUGACAUCCGUCAGCUGCGAACUUUUUCUGGCGCCCUGCGUGCUGGCCUUCUCAGCGCUCAGCCGUUCGAUUACAAGCGGCUCGACGCAGGACGAGGUGCUAUCGAAAAGGACUGGCGGGUGUUCGAGGCAUCUGAAGACCCACCGGCUUAUGCUGCCUCUGUAAAGAGCGUACUUGGCAAGCGUACCCGAGAUGGUUCACCUCCUGAAGAACCCUCAUUGCCAGCCCCAUGUUCCCCAGCGCCGCCGCCUUGGUCUCCUACUGAGGUCAAUACCCCUACCACUCGCUCCUGCUCUCCUGCGCAUAUCUCUCCGACGCAUUUUAUCGAACCAACACAGAGUCGCAAGGAACGCCUCAAGGUCUUGGGGUUGCAGCAGCAGCUUCAUGGCCUCCCUGAUUCCCUUGUGCGCCAAAUACUGGUAGGGUCUGGACACAACCAUCUACUCGUUCUAGCGACCGAAGGGGGCCUCGAGAAGCUAUCAAAAGGCACGAAGCUUUUCAACAACUCUGAAUCGCCACCGAGAGGUCUGACAGAUGAGUCAGAGGAUACCAUCGCUAUCACUAGGAUCGACAAGAUCAUCGAACAGCGUUUAGGGCAAUUGACCAAGGAUGCUUUUAAAAGGCUUACCCGGACACACCUGAACACCCUGGUCGAAUCACAACUACCGGUCGCAGCCGAUCUCUUUCUGAAUGGCGCAGUCGCUGACUACCGCGACCAGUUUCAUGAAGAAUGUCAGCUGAAUGAGAACAGCGUUCGCGAGAACAUUGAUGAAGGUCUCACUGAAAUACGCGACGUAACCAACGAUUGCACCAAAGAGGUCCAGGAGUUAGCUCAACAGUGUAUGGAUAGUUUAGACGAGCAUAGCAAAAGGCUUGACGCGUCGGCUGAGCAUGAACUUUCAAAACUCAAGCGCUGGUUCGCUGAGCUAGCUGGUUCCUUCCUUGACAAAGAAGUUCCCAAGUCCUCGCCUACAAGAAGAGUCUCCAUGUAACUACACCCUAUAUAACUGCAUGUAUUACCGAGACCAAUGGUGACUCAGACA